UUCCCGCAUUAUUUUUCUCAUCAAUUUCAGGGCUUUGUCGGGAGGGAAAUCCCCAAUCGCCGUCCUAGGGUUCCAGCUACCUUGCCGGAGCUCCAACUCCUCCUCCUCCUCACUGGCGUUGCGCUUGGAGGUCGAUUGAUUGCCCCUUCUUGGCGUUGGUGCCGUUCUCCAUCUCUGUCGUGUGGACGGGAGAGAAUUGGCGGUGUCCGGUGCUGAGGAAGAGGUAUGUGGUGCUGGGUGAUGUGACACGGGCCGCGGAGGUGUCCAGAGGGCGUACGAUGAAGGGGCCGGCGAGUGGGGGCGUUGCCGUGAAUGCGGUAGAAGUAGGAGAGAGGAAGAUGAUAAACUCGGAGCUAUGGCAUGCGUGUGCUGGGCCGCUGGUGACGCUGCCGCCCGUGGGGAGCUUCGUGGUGUACUUCCCGCAGGGGCACAGCGAGCAGGUUGCAGCUUCUAUGCAGAAGGACAUCGAUGCUCACAUUCCCAACUACCCAAAUCUUCCCUCCAAGUUGAUUUGUAUUCUUCACAAUGUUACUCUGCAUGCGGAUGUGGAGACAGAUGAAGUGUAUGCCCAGAUGACACUCCAGCCAGUGAACAUAAGUGAGAAAGAACCAUUCCUAGGAGCAGAUCUUUCACUCAAACCAAAUAAGCCACAGACAGAUUUUUUCUGCAAAACUCUGACAGCAAGUGAUACAAGCACCCAUGGAGGUUUCUCUGUACCCCGUCGUGCGGCAGAAAAGAUUUUCCCUCCUCUUGAUUUCAACAUGCAGCCACCUGCUCAAGAGCUGCAAGCUAGAGAUUUGCAUGAUAAUGUAUGGACGUUCCGGCAUAUCUACCGAGGUCAACCAAAACGGCACUUACUCACAACUGGCUGGAGCCUAUUUGUCAGUGGAAAGAGGCUCUUUGCUGGUGACUCCGUCUUAUUUAUUAGGGAUGAAAAGCAGCAACUUCUCUUGGGAAUUAGACGUGCUAACAGACAACCUAAUAACAUAUCAUCAUCAGUUCUAUCCAGUGAUAGCAUGCACAUUGGAAUUCUAGCUGCCGCUGCCCAUGCAGCAGCCAAUCAAAGUCCAUUUACUGUAUUUUACAAUCCACGGGCGAGCCCCUCUGAAUUUGUUAUUCCUUUAGCCAAGUAUCAGAAGGCAGUUUACGGCAACCAAGUAUCACUAGGCAUGCGUUUCCGGAUGAUGUUUGAAACAGAAGAAUCUGGAACAAGAAGAUACAUGGGGACAAUUACGGGUAUUAGUGAUCUAGAUCCUGUUAGAUGGAAAAACUCUCAGUGGCGAAAUUUACAGGUAGCAUGGGAUGAAUCUGCAGCUGGUGAAAGGCGUAACAGAGUUUCUCUCUGGGAUAUUGAACCUGUAGCCGCCCCUUUUUUCAUCUGCCCUCCACCAUUUUUCAGAUCUAAGCGCCCUAGGCAACCAGGAAUGCCAGAUGAUGAGACAUCGGAAAUGGAAAAUCUUUUCAAGAGAGCAAUGCCUUGGUUGGGUGAGGAGAUCUGCAUUAAGGAUCCACAAACACAGAAUACAAUAAUGCCUGGUCUGAGUUUAGUUCAGUGGAUGAACAUGCAACAGAAUCCAUCAUUUUCAAACCCAACCAUGCAGCCUGACUAUUUACGCUCGUUAACGGGACCUGUUGUUCAGAAUUUUGGUGUUACUGACCUUUCAAGGCAGUUGGGCUUGCAGGCACAGCUGUUGCAGCAAAACAACAUGCAGUUCAAUGCCUCUAGGUUGCCUCAGCAAACCCAACAGGUAGAUCAACUGUCAAAGAUGCCACUUCCUGUAAACCAAUUGAACUCUUUUACCAGGCAGCAGCAACAAUUACAAGAUAUUAAUGGUCAGCAGAAGCAACAAUUAGUCUCUCAACCAUUUCCCUUGAGUCAAACUGAGAGCAGCAUGAUACAAUCACAGGUUAUUGUCCAGACACAAGUGCAGCAGCAGGUGCCGCCCCCAGUGAUUCAAGGUGGUCAGCCUAUAAAUACUAACCUCCAAAGUAACCAACUGCAGCAGCUUCAGCAACAACAGCAGCAGCUGCAACCACUGCAACAACUGCAGCUGCAACAGCUGCAGCAGCAGCAGCACCUACAGAAGCAACAACAACCACUACAGCUGCCACCGCAGCAGCAACAACAAAAUAAGUUAUCUGCUCAGCUACCCAAUCAAGCCAAUCACCAGUUACAUCUACCUGAUCAGAUCCAACUACAGUUGCAGAAGCUCCAGCAUCAACAGCAGCAGCAGCAGUCACAGAAUUUGCUUUUAUCACAACCCACUUUGCAACAGCCUCAAGUGCCUCAGCUGCAAGAGCAGCAAAGAGCACUACUGGAAACGCCACAGAUGUUAUCCAAUCCAAAUUCUGUUUUUCAGCAGCAAGCAAUUCCUCAGCAGUUUCCAAAAGUUCCUCCUCUAAAUGCACAAUUUAUUCAAUCAUCUCAGCAACAAUCUCAACAGAAGCUUCAGCAACAUCAAGGCUUAUUGUCUGAGGUGCCAGGGACAGUUAUUCCACCAUCAUCGACCAAUCUACUCUCGACGGCUGGUAACACUUUGCUUGCAGCUGGUGGAGCACAAUCUGCACUUACUGAUGAUGUUCCAUCUUGCUCUACAUCACCUUCUGCCAACAACUGUAAUGUUCCUCAAUCAGUAUUGAAUAGAAUCCAACAAAGGAACACACCUACACCAGAGAAGACCCCUCCACCACCAGUUACAGUUCUGAAUACUUGCUCUAUUGAUACUCUGGCAACAAGUCCUAAAGUCAGUAAGGAUGUGCCUAAAUUGAAGACCAAUGUGAAGCCCUCCAUGCCAAUCCCAAAGCUACAAAAUCCAGGGGGUGUUGCCCCACAAACAUAUUUACACAACACAGUGCAGAUUGAUUACUUAGAUACAACCUCGUCUGCAACUUCUGCUUGUCUGUCUCAGACAGAUGGAUCCUUGCAACAAUGCUUUCCACUUUCCUCCUAUAAUCACCCUUCAAUAUUCAGAGAUGGAGCUCCUGAUGGUGAACUCCAGGGCAGUGAUCCUAGGAAUAAUGUACUAUUUGGUGUUAACAUUGAUGGCCCGUUAGGAAUGCCUCUGACUACUGACGCAUUGCUAACAAACAACAUUGAUUCAGAUAAGUUUCAAAAUCAUUUGUCAGGGAAUGUGGUUGGCAACUACAGUGCUUCAAAAGAUGCUCAACAGGAGCUAUCAUCAUCUAUGGUGUCUCAGUCAUUUGGUGUUCCAGAUAUGGCGUUCAAUUCCAUUGAUUCUACAUUGAAUGAGAAUAGUUUCUUGAACAGAACUUCCUGGCCGCCGGCUCCCCAAUAUCAGCGAAUGCGGACUUACACCAAGGUUUACAAGCGUGGAGCUGUAGGUAGAUCAAUAGAUAUCACUCGCUACUCAGGUUAUGAUGACCUGAAGCGUGACCUUGCUAGAAUGUUCAGCAUAGAGGGACAGCUAGAAGAUCGGCAGAGGAUAGGCUGGAAAUUAGUAUAUGUGGAUCAUGAGAAGGAUGUUCUGCUUGUUGGUGAUGACCCUUGGGAGGAGUUUGUAAGCUGCGUGCGAUGCAUCAGGAUACUGUCCCCCCAAGAAGUCCAACAAAUGAGUUUGGAUGGUGAUCUUGGAAACAACAUACUCCCUAAUCAGGCAUGUAGCAGUUCAGAUGGCGGAAAUGCGUGGAGGGGUCAGUGUGAUCAGAACUCCGGCGGCAACCCUUCUGCUGGAUCAUACGAAUACUUGGAGUAACCUGAUGCGAUGAUCGGCUACAAAUUGAUCUCAUCAGGCUCCUUUUAGCAACGGCCUCGCGUACAUGUAAUCCAUGUUCAUGGCUCAUGGCAAUUGAGAUAAAUCCAUCUCGGCGCAAUGAAGUCCGACUGCCAAAGGAUGCCUUGUUCCAUAAAUCUGGUAAGAUUAUUUAGCAACAUGUAAUUGUUUGUGAUCAUCCACAUUGCCCAUUGUUGAUGGUUCAAGGUGGGCUGAUCGCCAGCCUCCUUGCUGUCUUUAGUUUUACCAAGUUGACUAGUAAAAAUCAAAAGCUCAAGAAUUUUCUACUGUAUAUAUCUCUUAAUCCUAUGAAGUCAACUCUCUAAUGACACUGAUUUAGCGUGUUUCCAGAAUGUGAAAAUGGCAAAUGUUGCAUGAAAUAUUUUAUUGUGUGUUCUA